UGGCGGGCCCGCCUGGCGCGAGGGUCUUGUUCAGGGCCUCCCUUCUGGCGAACACCAGCCACGUGGCUGACGGGGAACUUCCGCUGAAGAUCUGUUCCAGCGCGAGGAGAUAGAUCUGCAGGCCUUCCGUACCCUGACGGAAAUAGACUUGCUGGAGAUAGGGAUCACGGCCGUCGGGGCGCGUCGAAAGAUGCUUUCGGCUAUCAGUGUCCUGGAAGCUGGCAGGCUGUUCUAUGGUCAUGGAGGGUCCAACUCUGAAAAAAUGAUUCCUAGUGAUGGAAAUACGUUGAUAAUCACCCCAAGUCUGUACAACAGAUGAGUUUUCAAAAUUACCAAUGGCAUAUACUCUACAAAAAAGUCUCAUGCUUUGCCCUGUAUUUUUUACAAAGCCGUAUAUACAUGCAAGAACAGAGCAAAGUGUACAUAAUAUUUCGUGAUGUAACCUUGCCUAAUGAAGAUGACCUACUGGAUAGGUCUUGUUUUUGAUAUUUUUGAAACUUUAUUGUCUUAAAUUAAUACAAAUUUAAUUGUCAUUUAUAUAAUUAUUGAAGUGUUAUUUUGUUAAGCAUGUAUACUUCCAAACUUCUCCUGGAGAGAAUGAAAAUUUCAAACUAACUCUUCAAUUUACCUUGGAAAAUGUACUUCCUAGAAUUUAUGAAUUUUUAAAAUUCCCUGUAUUUUAGUGGAAUCUUCUGUAAAUUGACGAAAGGAAAAGGGGGACCACUUUCUGUAGGUUGUCUUUAAACAAAAAGUUACAAAAGUUCUUAAUAAAGUAUUUUUCAUUAUCUAAUACCAGAGUGAAGAUUAUUAGCUUUGUAAUGUAAGAUUGUUUUCAUUCGAAUGACCAAAAAAAUUAUAUUAUUAAAUAAAGUUCUAAUUCAAUAA